AGUGCCACCUGGAUAAGAAUAAGAGCCGUAAGAUCACGACGUCAUCGACCUGCCAAGAACAGCGCCACGGCACGUGACACCGCGUCAAACUGGUUACUUACUAUCUUGGAUGCUCGUUUCGCUGACGAUGAGAGUUGUACUCUUAGUUUGGAUCGAUGAGUCGGUCCAACCGCCCCUGACACGUUAUACUUUUCAAAAGAGCCCCCCCUUCGCGCUUCUCUUUAAAGUCAAGCUCUCUUGGCCGGGGCCGUGAAAAGAGUGGAGCAGUUAGCUGAAGAGAUAGUCAGACAUGGAAGCCCGGUGUCAGUGCGGGGCCGUCCGCUUCACCACUCCGCUCCCGAAGCCAUUAGCGCUGUACAUCUGCCACUGCGCCGAAUGUCGCUGGCAGUCGAGCUCUGCAUUCGGAACCUCGGCGAUAUUUCCACGCUUCGAACUACCUAAAACUGACUUGCUGUCCUGUUACACUCGUCCGACGCACUCAGGCCACACCUUAUACUGCUAUUUCUGUCAGCGCUGUGGCACAAGGCUAAUUCACACGACCCCUGGUAAGAACGUUGUCUCUGUGAAAGGGGGCUGUAUCGACGGCCUUGAUUGGGGCAGUGCUACCCAUAUCUGGACCAAGUCUGCCAUGGUCCCUAUUCCGGAAGGCUCUGAAGCGCACUCGACAGAGCCCCCUGAUUCGGAUUAUAGCAGCUCGCAGGAGACUCUAGACCAACCUUCUGACCAUCCUGGCCCGCUCAUGAACAGUGGGGGGUGGCCUGAAGAGGCGAACACACCUGAGGUGGCGAAGCUCGGCCGCGUUAAAGGAGCCUGUGAGCUCAGUGGUAUUUAGGCGGUCGACGGCUAGAUAAGAUUGAGGUUCGAGCCUCGGGUUUGCUUAACAGGAGUCGUGGGGUUAAUUUGGCGAGCUUGGACGUGGGUGAAGUUGAUUGGAAUAUACCUUAUGCUCUGAUAACAAAUUCGAGCGUUGCGCUUUACCCUCGGUGUACAUAGGUUUACAGGCUAUAUCUUCAUUGCCGAGAUGUACGAAAUGAAUAUCUACUAACAAGAGAUUCUUUAUUUAGCUGUGAAGUGACAGUCCUGCGUGUCAUAUUGGCUCCAAUCGCCCCUUAGUAUUGUCACU